CUAGCAGCUAGGCAGUCAGACCGUAGGCAGGUGGUCGUGUGGACGGUUGGGCAAACUGGGAAUACGCGCCGCAGGCUCAGAGACAACGCGGCACUCGGCGCGAACGGAACUCAAAAUUCUUUGUCGCCGGAGUUGUGGGAGCUGCUCAAAAUGUAUUCGCCCGCUAAAUCGCCCAUAGUAGACGUUACCGAAACCAUCUCCCUGCACAGCGAACUGGACAUUGACCUGGAGCCAAGUUGCAACUCAACCCUCACGAUACCAGCAACGCAUAGUCUGCGCAUGCCGCUGCCUGGACUGGCAUUGCCCAGUCUCUUGGCCUCCAAGUCAAAUGGCGGCAUUCCUGGUGCUACGUUACCCGCCUUUGAAUAUAUUGCGCCGCCGAAUCAUGCGCUGCAGAGUCUUGACUUUCCGCUGAUGGAGCUCAACCGCGUUGGCAUGUUUCCGGGCUUUUUGCAUCGGCGGGCACGUGGCGAAAAGCGACCUAUACCAGAUGCCCAGAAGGAUGCCAAGUACUAUGAGCGACGCAAGCGCAACAACGAGGCAGCCAAAAAAUCAAGGGAUGCCCGCAAAAUACGCGAGGAUCGCAUUGCGUUUCGAGCCGCGCUCCUGGAACAGGAGAACUCCAUACUGCGCGCCCAGGUGCUCGCCCUGCGCGAUGAAUUGCAGACGGUACGCCAACUCCUGGGCGCCACAACGUCCGGCAUGUUGGGCGUGGCCAGGCAAGUCUGAUACCAUUCCUGGACAUCGGAAUGUACAUAGAAGUGAAAUUGUGUUUUGUGAUUUAUAGUUAUAAAUAAAUUUUUAGAUUAUA